GUUGUAACUUCUCUAGUUUCUCCCUAGUCGCAAAAGAAGGGUCUCCCAAAUCGCAUUCGUGUAGGCAAUGAAUAUGGCAGAGACAAGCACUUGGAGCUGCACAUUACCGAAAUUUUAUACGUUCACACAUAUUUGGACCAUCGAGAACUUUUAUUUGGUCUAUAAUAUGUGUGAGAAACUGGAAUCGCCGACAUUUUUCAGUGCGGAUCGCAAAUGGAGGCUUUGCAUCAAUACCAAAUACGAAGAUGAUUUGGUUAUGUUCGUAUUCACAAAUCUGCCAAAUGCCAAAGCCGUUGUCACCUGCUCCAUACUGGAUCGCGAGGAGACGGCCAUAGCCAUAUCUUUGAAAACGGCCUGUGAACGGGCCUUUAAGUUCAUGGAGUGUGGUGAACUAUUUGAUAAAUCCAAGGGUUAUUUGCCCAAUAACAAGCUAUCCAUAUGCUGUAAAAUCAUAAUGCUAAAGGAGACGAAAAGCAGCUGCGGACAGACGAAUAUGAUAAAAGUGCCCGAGUGUCAAUUGGCCGAGGAUAUGGCCAAUCUAUUCGAUAGUAAAAAGUUCAGCGAUGUGGCCAUUGUUGCCAGCAAUGGACGGGAAAUAAUGGCUCAUAAGAGCAUACUAUCUGCUCGCAGCGAUGUUUUUUCGGCCAUGUUUAAGCAUAAAACCGUGGAGAAUGAAGAGAAUCGUGUUGUUAUAGGCGAUUUAAAUCAUGAUAUUGUCAAAGAAAUGCUCAAAUACAUGUACACAGGCAAAUCAGCCCAUUUGGAUGUAUUCGCCAAGGAUUUACUAGUCGCUGCCGACAAAUACGCACUCGAGAAGCUAAAAGCGAUGUGCGAAAGUUCUCUAUAUAGCAAACUAUGCGUUAAUAAUGCGGCACAAACUCUUGUCCUUGCCGAUAUGCACAGUGCAACGCAAUUAAAGACACAAACAAUUGAAUUUAUUAAGGCACAUGCCAGCAAUGUUAAGGCCUCUGCGGGCUGGAAGAGAAUCGUACACACUCACGCCAAUCUAAUUGCUGAGAAUUUUCCAUAAAAUGGGCUACAAAAAUCUGCCAGAAAAAAAAAA